GAAAUAAGGUAGAGAGAGACAGAAUAAUAAAGGUUUGGUUCGUCGGCACGAGGUGCGAUUUUCAACUAUUACAUAGAAGGGUACCUACCUAAAGCGAUUGAUUGUCCUUUUUCACACUCAACGAAAAGAGCCUUGUUGGCAUUUGAUUUUAUUUUUAUUUUUAUUUUAUCUCUGGGGUUCCUUUUUUUUUGGUCUUCGGUCAAUCUGUCCUAUCUCUCUCUCACACUUCUUUUUUUUUAUUUUAUUAUUUUUUUGUGGUUGGUCAUCCUUUGCGGGGGUGACUUCUCUUUGCCACUGUUGAAACUCGCUUGCUCAAGUGGGUUUAUUGGUCGUCACUAGACUCUCUUGUUUUUUUUCCUUUCUCUUUUCCCCCUUGAAUUUGAUUCUGGAUUGUUACCUACCCAUUAAACAAAAACACGCUGGCAAACCGGCCCGACGGUUUCAGUGCAGUGACAUUGGCAGAAUACACAGCAUUCGCUUGAGCAAACACACAACCAAUCUCUCUAGGCAGAAGGAGCUAAAUCUGUCUGCCAAAGCAAAGGAGCAGCUGUCCUCCCAAGUGUCAUGGACGGCGACUACCUUCGCCUCAGCGCUGGUGCUGGCUUGGGCCUUGUCGGCCUUGGAUCCGUCCCCGCUGCACAUGCUCUCAUCCACCGGGUAUUCGCCAAGAAGCAGGCCCGGGACGAGAUAUACCAAGAUGCCGAUGGCAAAAGUACACCGGAAGCGCAGGCCAAGUUUUCGAACACGCUUCCCAAGUUCCUGGUCAUCUUUUUUGCUUCAAUAGGUCUUGCCGGUUCGCUUGCCGUCGGGGUACUCGUGACCCAGGGUCGUGGCGGCCGAAACCUUUUCCUGGAUUCAUGGUUUAAUGCCGGAGCUUGGAGCUUAUUCCUAGUCCAAGCCAUCGCCAUAGCUUCAAGCAGAGAAUGCACCCACGCAUACCGCCUUGGCAUAUAUUCGUUCCUGGCAGCCGCCGCGUUCUGCGCGAGUCUUGUCCUACAGGCCACUCGCACUGGUGAAUACCUCAUGCUCCACGAUAAGGUUCUUUUCUCAUUUGGGGCUUUCCAGAUCUUCGCCAUUCUGGCUCUGGCCCUUGCCAGCUUCUCUAUACAGCGUCGCCCGGACGUUUUUGACGACGAAGGCAGGCUUGUGGAUCGAAUGUACACCGCCUCGGCCUUCAGCAGAUUCAACUUUAGCUGGCCCAACUACAUUUUGAGUAUUGCACGCAAGCAGGGUGACCUUGAGCACAAAGACCUGGGACGUCCGAACCACUAUGUGCGGGCAAAGGAUGUUUCGGCUGACUGGAAGCGCCGCGGCUACACUACCCGUCUCUGGCUCAGCAUCGCACGUGCUCACGCUUUCGGCUUCGUUCUGCAGUGGGUGUUGACAUUCAUAACCUCGAUACUCAACUUUGCACCCCAGUGGGUGAUCCUGCAGCUGCUCCGCAACCUAGAGAGCCGAGAACCCGGAACACCGUACUCCCUCGACGUCUGGAUGUGGGUAUUCUGGCUUGGGGCGGCGAUUGUGGUUCAGAACUGGGUCGAGUCGUACGUCUUCUGGCUCUCUUGGGUCGAGCUCACGAUCCCCAUCCGCUCUCAGCUGUCGGCUCUUGUUUUUGAAAAGGCCAUGCGUCGAAAAGACGUCAAGGGCGCUGAGAAAACCGACAAGGAAAAGGAGACCGACGUCACGUCCCCCGAGGAACAAGGAGAGGAGGACGAAGCCGAAGCACUGAAGAAGAGCAAGCAGGGAACCGUAAACCUGAUCGGUGUCGAUGCGUACCGGGUCGGAGACUUUGCCGCCUAUCAGAAUCUCUUCCCUGGUAGCUUGUUCAAGCUCAUUGUCUCACUGACCUUCCUCGUGUCCUUGUUGGGGUGGAAGCCGUUGCUGGCCGGCUUCUCGACCAUGAUCGCCAUCUUGCCUAUCAACAUAUACUUUUCCAAGAGCUAUGCGGCCGCUCAAGAUCGCCUGAUGAAGGUCCGAGACGAGAAACUGGCCAUCGUCACCGAGGCGCUUCAGGGCAUCCGACAAAUCAAAUUUUCGGCUCUCGAGCCAGAGUGGGAGAAGAAGGUGGGCAGCGUCAGAGCGAAGGAGCUCAGAUGUCUUUGGCAAGUGUUGAAAUCAGAUACCGCUUUGCUCGGCUGCUGGGUUGCCAGUCCAAUUCUUCUGUCUGCCAUAUCGUUAGCUGUCUAUGCCUACCUCAAUGAGGAACUCGCCCCUUCGGUUGCUUUCGUCAGCCUUGGAGUGUUUAAAGCGCUCGAAAUGACAUUAUCGGUGGUCCCGGAGCUCACGACAGAUCUCCUCGACGCUUGGAUCUCAGUCAACAGGCUGGAAGAAUAUCUCAACGGCCCUGACAUUGAACAGGUUGCCAAGGAAUCCGAUAGCAUCGUCUUUGAAAACGCCUCGAUUGCCUGGCCCUCGGAUUCAAAGCUCGACGAAGGUGAAAGGUUUGUUCUGCGUGACGUCAACAUCAACUUUCCGCGAGGCGAGCUGUCUGUCAUUUCGGGCAAGACAGGUACUGGCAAAAGUCUUCUUCUCGCAGCCAUCCUUGGCGAGGUUGAUGUACUGGCCGGAGAUUUGUACCUUCCUCGUGCACCUGCUCUACAGGACAGAUACGACAGCAAAGCAAACAAGUCGGACUGGAUUAUUCCCAAUGCUAUCGCCUAUGUUGCACAGAUUCCAUGGAUCGAAAACGCGAGUAUAAAAGACAACAUCCUCUUUGGGUUGCCUCUCGACGAGGAUCGGUAUCAGGAGACGGUUGAAGUGUGCGCACUCAAGAAGGACCUUGAGAUCCUCAACGAUGGCGAAAACACGGAGAUUGGAGCCAAUGGUAUCAACCUCAGCGGCGGACAAAAGUGGCGAGUCACCCUCGCCAGAGCCAUGUACAGCAGGGCAGGAAUCCUGGUGCUUGACGAUAUCUUUAGCGCAGUAGACGCCCAUGUCGGUCGCCACAUCUUCGAAAGGUGUCUCACAGGCAGGCUGGCAAAAGGCCGGACCCGCAUCUUGGUGACGCAUCAUGUUGCUCUAUGCGAGCCGAAGACCAAGUACAUGGUCGAGCUUGGCGAUGGCAAGGUACAAUGUGCUGGAAUGGUGGCUGAGCUUAAACAAAACGGGACCCUGGAGCAAAUCAAGAGCCAUGAGGAGCCGCAGCAGGAUGCCGCCACCGCCGCCACAAACACAGCGGUCAACUCUGACGGCUCGGAAGAUGGCGAGGAUGAGGCUGAAGGAAAUACCCUUAAGCGAGUCACAUCAAAAGCCAUCGCCAAGAAGUUUGUGGAGGAUGAGUCGCGGGAAAAGGGUGCCGUACGGAAAAGAAUCUACUCUGGAUACCUCAAAGCCAGCGGCGGCUGGUUCUUCUGGAUGUUGGCCCUUGCCAUAUUCUUCACAAACUCUUCCUUGGGCCUCAUCAGAUCAUGGUGGCUCAAGCAAUGGACGGGUAGCGGUCAAGACGUUAGCUCAAACGUCUUCCAUGGUCUUGGCAUGUCCAAUAUGGGACACUCGGGUUCUUUCCAGCCAUCCUAUCCUUAUAUUUUUGGCACGCCACAGCAAACACCGCUAACAGGAGUAGUAACAAUGGGCUCCACGAUCGCCUCGCAACAAGAAAAGCACAGCGUGCAGUUCUAUCUUGUCAUAUAUAUCGCGUUGGCCAUGUCGGCCGCCUUCGUUGGUACUUUAAGAUUCUUCUACAUCUUUACAGGGUCUGUGAGGGCGAGCCGUCUCCUCUUCCGGCAGAUGAACUUUGCCAUCCUGCACGCGCCCCUGAGGUGGCUAGACACGGUGCCAGUCGGACGCAUCUUGAACCGUUUCACAGCAGACUUCAACGUCAUUGACUCGCAGCUGGCCAACUCGUUCACCUUUGGCUUUGGCUCCUUCUUGGGACUUUGGACAGUAAUCAUUGCGGGCAUGUUUGUAUCGCCGCUGGUUGUCUUCUUUGCGCUUGCACUGCUCGUUGUCUGCGCAUAUAUUGCACUCCACUACCUGGCCGCCGCGCGGCCUGUCAAGAGGCUCGAGAGCAACGCCAAGAGCCCAGUGUUUGAGCAGUUUGGAUCGGCUUUGACGGGCGUGGCGACUAUCAGGGGCUUCGACAAGACGCAAACGUACAUUGAAAGGAUAUACAAACGUAUCGACGACUAUUCGACGGCGACAUGGCACCUGUGGCUGUUCAACCGCUGGAUGGGAUGGCGUAUGGCCUGCAUUGGCAGCAUGUUUGCCGUUUUUGUCGCAGUCCUGAUCCUGUCGUCGGCAGAUAUCGGUGCCGCCCUUGCUGGUUUUGCUCUCUCUUUCUCACUCGAGUUUGCAAACUCGAUCAUCUGGAUGGUUCGGCUGUAUGCAAACGUCGAGCUCAACAUGAAUGCAGCGGAGAGGAUUAUCGAGUACACAGAGAUUAAAACGGAAACUCUGGAGGGAGAGAGACCUCCCGCCGCCUGGCCGACCAACGGCAAAAUCGAGGUCGACUCUCUGGUCGUCGGUUACGCACCUGAUCUUCCUCCAGUGCUCAAGGGGCUGACUUUUACGGUGGAGGGCCGGCAGAGAAUCGGUGUCGUCGGAAGAACGGGUGCCGGCAAGAGCAGCCUUACUCUGGCGCUAUUCCGCUUCUUGGAAGCAACUGAGGGCAAGGUGAUAAUAGAUGGGAUAGACAUUUCUACCAUCAGACUCCACGAUCUCCGGUCUCGCUUGGCAAUCAUUCCACAGGACCCUGUUCUUUUCUCGGGAACCGUCAGGUCAAAUCUGGACCCAUUCGAUCACCACACAGAUGCCGAGCUGCGUGAAAGCCUGCUGCGGGUGCACCUGAUAUCGGAUGCAAGCGGCACCGUGACGCCAGCCAACGCUGCUGCUGGCGGGGAGUCGAGUGGUGCCUCGACAACCAGCGCGGACAAGAACUCCAACAUCUUCGCCAACCUAUCCUCGCCCAUCUCUGAAGGUGGUCUGAAUCUGAGCCAAGGGCAAAGGCAACUACUUUGUCUAGCUCGUGCGAUCGUUGCACGUCCCAAGGUCAUGGUCCUUGAUGAGGCAACUUCGGCCGUUGACAUGCACACGGAUGCAUUGAUCCAGAGGAGCAUCCGGGAAGAAUUUACAGAUGCGACGCUGGUUGUCAUUGCCCAUCGUUUGAGCACCAUAUCCGACUUUGACAAGAUCCUCGUGCUCGGCGAGGGGACUGUUCGGGAAUAUGGGACGCCAAAGGAGCUUUGGGAUAAGGGAAGCGAGGGUGUCUUUAGGUCUAUGUGUGAGGAAAGCGGCGAGAGAGAUAAACUGAAGGAUAUUGUGUUUGAACAGAAGGCAAAAUGAAGGGAAGGACGGGGGUGUUGAUAUUAGAAGAGAAUACGUUACAAGAUUGAACAUAGCUAAAUAGGUAGUAGUCAGGUACCUGGGCGAUACACUGACCAGCGGCUGGUUUGUUUUUAUAUAUCAUUUUUUGUGCGCUCAACACAAACAAGCACAUUUAAACGCCUGGUUGCUUGGCCUUUUUUUUUUUUUUUUUUUUUU